CACACGUCUAGACAUAUGCCAUACGUCUUUCAAAACGGCAAAAUGCCAACAGUAAGUUUCAGAAGAGAUUUGUUGUUUGAAGCACUUGGACAAGAGUACACGGAAGAAGAGUUUGAUGAACUUUGUUUUGAAUAUGGAUUGGAGCUUGAUGGAGUUACAUCAGAAAAAAUGAUGGUUUCUAAAGAAAAGGGGGAAGCUAAAGCAGGAGAAGCUUCAGAGGAAAUUAUUUACAAAAUUGAUGUUCCGGCAAAUAGAUAUGAUCUUCUUUGUUUGGAAGGACUAACUCGAAAUAUGUUGGUUUUUCAGCAAAAAAUGAAAAUUCCUCAUUACAAAACUGUUGUUCCGAUUCGUCCUCAACAAUUGAUUAUUGAUAAAGCUGUAGAAAAAAUCAGACCUUUUGCAGUGGGUGCAGUUCUUAGAAAUAUAACUUUUACACAGGCUUCCUACAAUAGUUUUAUUGACUUACAAGAAAAGUUACAUCACAAUAUUUGUCGCAAAAGAACUCUGGUUUCUAUGGGAACACAUGAUUUAGAUAAAAUAGAAGGUCCUUUUACAUAUACAGCUAAACCCCCAAAUGAAAUUGUAUUCAGAGCAUUAAAUCAACCAAAGGAAACAUCUGCUAUAGAGUUAAUGGAAUUGUAUAAGAGUGAUAAUCAAUUAAAGCAUUUUCUGCAUAUUAUUGAAAAAGAGCCCCUCUAUCCUGUUAUAUAUGAUAAAAAUGGUAUUGUCUUGUCCAUGCCACCGAUAAUUAACAGUCAUCACUCUAAAAUCACACUUGAUACCAAAAAUGUGUUUAUUGAAAUAACAGCUACUGAUGAGCACAAGGCUAAAAUAGUUCUUGAUAUUCUUACCACAUCAUUCAGUUGUUACUGCAAGGACAAGUUUUCAGUUGAAGUAAUUGAUUUAUUAAAAGCUGAUGGAACUAUCACUCAAACACCUCUUCUGGCAUAUAGAGAGGAAGUAAUACAACCAAAGUGGGCAAAUAACAUUAUUGGAAUAAGUAUAAGUGGUAAAGAAAUGGAAAUUUUGCUUAACCGAAUGUUUAUUAAAAGUGAAAUGUUACCAGAUGGGCGAUUAAGAUGUAUUAUUCCACCAUCUAGAGCAGACAUUAUUCAUGCAUGUGAUAUAUAUGAAGAUAUUGCAAUUAGUUAUGGUUAUAACAAUAUUCGUAAGAGAAUCCCCAACACCUCUACUAUUGGAUAUCAAUUGCCAAUAAACAAGCUGUGUGAUUUGGUUAAAAUGGAAAUUGCAUUGGCUGGUUUCACUGAAGGAUUAACUUUUUGCUUGUGUUCAAAAGAUGACAUUUCUGAUAAACUAAAUCAUCCAGAAGGUUUAAACGAAGCUGUUCAUAUUGAAAACCCUAAAGGGCUUGAUUUUGAGGUUGCACGAACUACUUUACUUUCUGGUAUGCUAAAGACAGUUGCAAAUAAUAAAAGUCAUCCACUACCAGUUCAAGUUUUUGAAAUAUCUGAUGUGGUACUAUUAGAUUCUACAAAAGACGUGGGAGCUCGAAAUGAACGCCGUCUAUGUGCAAUCAAUUGUAAUAAGACUCCUGGAUUUGAAGUUAUACACGGAUUGUUGGAUCGUUUAAUGACAGUACUAGCUGUAAAACCGACGAAUAUAGCUUCUGCUCCAUCGGAAGGGUACCACAUCCGGAAAUCUGAAGAUUCUGCAUUUUUCCCCGGUCGGUGCGCUGAAAUCGUGUAUAAUGGAACUGUUAUCGGGAAAAUGGGCGUCAUACACCCUGAAGUACUUCAAAAUUUUGAAAUUGCAAAUCCUUGUGCUGCAUUUGAGAUAAAUAUGGAACAUUUUUUGUAAAACAUUUGCGCCUAAGAUUCUUACUGUUUGGUGUACAAUCAAUGUGUACAAUAAAAUGUACUAUAUUUUA